UCUCAAAGAUUUCCCAGUUAGCGACUGGCGGACAGUAAAGAUGGCGCCGGAGCUUACGGUGUGUUCGAGUGCGACGAGAAGAUGACGACGAUAAGAUUAGUAACUUUCGAGCCGCGUCGUUGACAGUGCUCCACUUAACGACCCUGCGACAGAGGCUCGCGAACUUGCUGACUUUGGCGGUAGUUGAACAAGCCUAACGGACACAACCGGCGCGCGGACAGACCUUUGCUUCUGCCAUGGAGGAUAUCAACUCAAACAUAAACGCGGACUUGGAGGUGCGGAAACUCCAAGACUUAGUGAAGAAACUCGAGCAGCAGAACGAACAGCUCCGGAGCAGAUCCAGUUUACUGUCCUCUUCCUCCCCUGGCGGAAACACCAGACCGGUGAGCGCUGGGUUUGACUCCCCGGGAGCGGCAGCGGCACUCGCCGGGUUUACAGGGGUGGGGUUCGGCGGAUCGAGGGGUUUCGAUGGGGCUUUGAAGAACUCCAGGCUGAGCCCAAGACGAUCAUAUCACGGCAGCAAUUACGGAGAUUAUGAUAGUGACAGCGGUUCAUUUACCACCUCGAACGCGAGUUUCACGUCUUAUUACAACGAUUCUUUGGAUUAUAUCGAGGACGGAGAAACUUCAGUGCUGGACGAGGUGGAGGUCCUCGAUUUGGAGGACAUGGAUUGCCUGAACGAAGAGGAGGACAGCUGGUUGUAUGAGGCGAAAUUGAACAGUCCUCUACAGAAAACCUUGAGUCCUAUCGUGUGGUGCAGGCAGGCUCUGGAUAACCCCAGUCCUGAUAUGGAGUCUGCCAAACGCUCUCUCUUGCACAGACUCGACCUCACCAUGUCAGGAAACAAGCGGAGGAGUCUAUAUAACAGCUCCUACAGUCCUCAAGUGGGCUACGGAAGCCCGUACAGCACAAACACAGCAAAUAGUCCCUACAGCAGUGGCUUCAACUCCCCGUCCUCCACGCCAUCUAGAGUGCCUAUCGUCAAGCAGCUCGUCCUGCCUGGCAGUACAGGUCACCAGCGUGGAUCGAAUGACAGAAAUGCACAGGCAGUGAGCCCACAGUCCUCAGUGGACAGUGAGUUAAGCACAUCAGAGAUGGAUGAAGACUCUGUCGGUUCAUCAACCACAUAUAAACUCAAUGACGUCACAGACGUGCAGAUACUCGCCCGCAUGCAGGAAGAGAGUUUAAGGCAAGAAUAUGCUGCAACAGCAUCACGCCGUAGCUCUGGUUCAUCUUGUCAGUCUUUGCGACGAGGAACUCUGAGUGACCAGGAGCUGGACGCACAGAGCCUAGAUGAUGAUGAAGAGGCCGUGCACCACUCCUUCCACACACCUGUCAACCGCUUCAGUCCCUCUCCCCGACACUCACCCCGCGUCUCCCCCAGGAACUCGCCCCGAUCACGCUCACCCGCUCGCUCUUUAGAGUACAGCCGUGGGUCUCCCCAAAAUAUAAUCAGCCGCCUUCAACAGCCCAGACACUCUCUACAGGGUCACGAUACCCAAACCAACGCCAUUAAGAAUGAAGAAAAACUGAGGCGGAGUCUCCCUAACCUCACACGAUCCAGCUCUGGGUCGACUGCAGAGCAAGUCAAAAACAGCCGGAGCUGCGAGUCAAAUCUGCAAGUGCCAAAUGGAGGGUCACCCCGACACCAGAGUCAGUCUGCCAAGUCAGACCACAGGCUCUCUGCACCCGUUCGGUCUUCUCCAAAACCAAAAGAGAGACUCCAGAGCCCUACUUCUCUACGAGUUCCUCUCUCGUGUUGCUUUGGAGAGGAAGCAGAUUUCAUGCCCUCUUCCAGUAAGUUGCGGACUCCUGCUGCUCCGUCACCCUUGGCUCUUCGUCAGCCCAUGAAGGUCAUGUCUAAUCAUGGUUCAGGCGCAACCACACCCACCCGCUCAAUGGCUCCGGCUCGCAGUGGUCUGCCCCGCCCCUCCACCAAUGCUAGUGGAGGUUUACCAGUGCCUCGCAGCAAACUGGUCCAGCCUGUGCGCAGGUCUCUGCCAGCUCCAAGGACAUACAGUGGUAUCAGAGAUGAGAGCUGGAGAGAGGGCUGCUACUGAAGCACAAACGGGCUUUCAGUUCAACAUGGCACUUUAUAGAGAUACGUCUUUAACCCCCACAAAAAGGAGACUCAUUCUUCCAAACAAAUAAUUCUGUCCUCUUUUAGUUGGCAUUGCAGAGCUCUCAUCCCAACAGGAUAGAUGUGAAAGGCAGGCUGGACGCCAUCGAAUGCCAAAGAAACCGAAUGGGAUUUGCCCUCACCUACCAAACCGCACCUGUAUCGCAAACGGCUCGAAAUCCACAAUCCUGCUUGCAAAUCCCCCAAAACCCACCACAGAAGAACAUCGAGAAACUAUUUUUUUUUCUUGUAACAAAAUUAGUGGUGAUCCCUUGUAAGCACAUGCAGAUUGACCUUAAUUUUUGGCUCAAGCGAGAAAGUAUGUUGACACAAUCCACAUGGCAAUUACGUUCUGUCUGAAUGUCUUUCAUAUCUAUGUGACCUCUUAUUUAUUUGAAAUCAUUAUUUAAAAUAUUCUUUCAAAGAGUAUUCACACAGUAUUCGGUCUUUAUAAAUAUGUAUGUUUACUAAUCUUUAUUUUUCUGCUUUUUCUUUUUUGAAUGUCAUUGUUAAACCUCAACUGCAAAGCUACCUUUCCAAAGCAUUUUUAAUGUCUGAAUAAUGGAUGCAUUUCAGAGAUUUUGAACUGAUGUUUUUAGUUUAAGUCCUCAGAUAGACAGCAGUUAGCUUUUGCUCAUUCAUAAGGAAUCUGUCACAAAAGUCAAGGAUCAGUGAGAAAUCAAAUUUCAUGAAAUUUCUUAAGUUUUUAUGUCCUGUAUGGAAUUUGGGGAAUUCAUAGAAUAUAAAUGCCUGAGAUAAAUUUCAUUAGGUGAACUGUUGUAUUGUCAAACUUUGUUCAUUGGUUGAUGUCCCGGUGAUAAUGUCUAGGUGGCAAGGAUCAAAAAAAAAAAAAAAAGAUGUGGAUAUGUGGGUAAAGUGUAGUGCUUCUGUACUAUUAAUUUCGGAAAAUUCCUGGUCAUGUAAUUUGUUGUCAUUCUCAGAGUGAAAUAACUGAUUAAAGGCCAAGAAUGAAAAAGGUGUUUACUGAUAACCGAAUGGCAGUGCCACCUGAACAUAUGAAAAUGACAUCUUGCUGCACACUAGCAUACGUUUGAGACUGCGCAAGUUUGUUUAAAAUGAGUGCCUAUAAUUUAUGAAAUUCUGUGAUAGCUACAAAUGUUAUUUUUUUGGUUUGUGUCAAUUGCUUUAUUUGCCAAUAUAAUUUACUUCAGGGUUCUUUGCAUUUCUUGCUCAAGUUUUGUUUGAUUUUUGUAAUUGCUUUGAUAACAUUUAUAUUUGCUUUUUGUAACAAAGGUAUGUUAUAAACAGCCCUUGAUAUUUAUGACGAAAUACUAUGCGCGCUGAUAAGAGGCUUAUUUAUUGAAAGGUGAGAUGCCUCCGUGUGCUGAGAUAUAGACUUAGUGGGAUGCUUGAGCCUAGUAUGGUCAUGAAUACAUGACACAAACAUUUUGUGGAUGUUUUUUUUUUUUGGUAAAGACUUUUAUAUCUCCACAAACAUGAUGCUCGGUUUCCCCUGCGUUACAUCAUUUCAAAUAAAAGUUGAAAACUCA